AUGCUGUCACUUCGACUUUCCGUCAUUUCAGUCUGCCUCGCAGCUGUCAACGUGCUUUCGGCUAGUAUUCGGAAAGACUCCGUGACGAAGGCCAGUCUGCCCAAGAGCUUCGAAUGGAGUUCGAGUGGUCCUCUUAUUAGCCCAAAAAACGAUAACUACGACCUUGCUGGAAUCAAAGACCCGUCCAUCGUCGAAGUCGGUGGCGUUUACCACGUUUUUGCUAGCACAGCCAAGGAAGCCGCUGUGGUGUGGUGCCUUGUCUACCAAAAUGGUAACGCUGCGUACUCCACCAACUCCGACAUCAGCAAUCCUGAUGGGUGGAGUGCGCCCAAGAAUUUCUUCGACACCAUGCCCAGUAUCAUUUCGGAGAACAUAGCUAACAGAAAUUGGGUUGACAUGUGGACGAUUCGCGAUUCGUCCGACUGCUAUCUUUUUCCAUCGGACGAUAAUGGUCUUCUCUCCCGCUCUCAGACCUCUCUCGGGAGCUUUCCGAACGCUAUGGGAAAUACCGUCAUCGCGCUGCAAGGCACGAAUGCAUAUGCCUUAUUUGAGGUAUCCAAUGUAUACAGCACCGGCGACGGUGAGUACCUUCUUCUCGUUGAGGCCAUCGGCAGGGACAGUGCGAGAUACUUCCGUUCCUGGACUUCCACGAGUCUCUCUGGUACCUGGACCAGUCUUGCCGACACGGAGGCGAACCCCUUUGCGCAGUCCAACAAUGCCAAGUUUAGCGCUCCGGCCUGGACUAAGAGUAUCAGCCAUGGGGAGAUGGUGCGCACAAAUGUUGACAAGACCAUGACCAUUAGCCCCUGUAAUCUAUGCUAUCUUUACCAGGGCGUGGAUCCAAACGCGAGUGGCGAUUAUAAUGCCAUGCCGUGGAAACUUGGGCUCCUGACCCAGGCCAAUUCAGCCUGUUAA